AUGGCCUCCCCGAAUUCUCUCUCUACCGCCCAUGCGACAGCUUUGCAUCAACAACAAUACCGACAGAUGUCCCGCGCCUCCUCUGUCUCUCGCUCUGGGUCCAGGCGCUCUUCACCUGAGGUCCACAAUUCUGUUGCUCUCCGAAGCAACGCUGCAUCAAUAUCAAAGCAAUACUCUGCCGGCGACAGCUCCGAUGACGAAGUACCGGAGCCGAAAUUCAGCGCGUCUGUCAAGGCUCUUCUCGACGAGGACGACGGAAAUGCUUCACCCCGUCUGCGGACCAGGGGCCUAAACGAAUACCGGCCGAAUUUGCGUGUAGGAUCAGCUGCGUCCAGCAAUGAGAGACGAUCCCGAACCACUUCGCCGCUGGAUCAAUCGAACGGAAGCCCCGCCCCACGCGUUGUUCGCAUAGGAUCUGUCCUCGGCAGUGGCUCAAAAUUGCGAAGAGAAGGAUCGCAUCUAACUAGUGGGGAAAAUGCGGAGGUGGAAGCAGAGGCAAAACAUUAUUCAAGUGAUUUCAUCACCCCAGGUCCUAGGACACGCAGUGUUCGGAUCAGUACGUCGCGUACUCACACACGAUCUCCCACAUCCGCAUCACCGUCUGGAAGGCGAUCGGCUAGCCGGAGCCCUCUUCACGAAGAAGGAAGCGCAGAUCGCCCUGAAGAAGAAGGGAAGUCCAGAUAUGAUGACUACGCGCCGAUCAUUGGAACGUCAUCCGUGCUUCGUUCACGCAACCCAGAAGACAUUGGCAUUCAGAGUUCCUUGCGUGUGAAAAGAGUCGGCAGGUUGACGGGCACAUUUCUCAACGGGCCCGCCAGACGCGGUGUGCUGAGACGCCAGAGUGAGGAGGAUCAAUCACCAAGCUAUCUCUCCGACUCUAAGGAAGCCGAAGGCGGUGAUAACAAUGACUAUAAUUACAAAAGUGCGAGGGCCUCGUCUCCCAAAGUAUCAUGGGCAGAUCCCGAGCAACCACAGAAGACUACAGACUAUCGCCGCAUUUCGUCCGGUGACGGGCCAUUCUCAAGGUCCUCUUCGCCGAAGUCAUAUGUGUCACACUCCAAAUCCACCCCGGGAUCAUCUUCUGAUGCCUCCUCAAAACCUUCAAGCUCGAAAGAGCCUAUAUUUAAAGUACCUCCUCCCCCGACAUUACCAUCCACCCGUGACCAAGAGAAUGAACCUCCACCAACGUUUAAGCGAACCAAGCCACAGGGAUUCGAUUUUCUAGACAAACCGGAGAAACUUUCGGUGGUUUACGGCGAUGACAAGAAGGACCAAGAGCUUCCAGCAGGGACAUCGCCAAGGAAGAUACUUUCUAAUCGGAGUAACAACACACCUCAUCGACCCGCGCCCCCUCCUCCUAAGAUGUCCGUGUUAGAAACCGCCACUGCCACGGGAGGAGCAGCUACGGCAUCUCAGUCGCGCAAAAAGCGUAGCCAAGUUUCGAUUAAUCACAAGCCAUUCACCCGCUUGGAUUGCAUCGGUCGUGGAGGUAGCUCGCGAGUUUACCGUGUAAUGGCAGAGAACUAUAAGAUCUUUGCUCUAAAGCGUGUAAAUUUAGAGGAUGUCGAUCCGACGACCUUGGCUGGCUACAAGGGGGAGAUUGAUCUUCUUAAGAAACUGGAAAACGUUGACCGUGUGGUUCGCUUGUUUGACUGGGAAUUGAACUCGGACAAGCGCACUCUCAGCGUGCUCAUGGAGAUUGGCGAGUCGGACCUGGAAAAGGUUCUGACGUAUAAACUGAAUGCUGAGGAUGCCACUUUUGAUAUCAACUUCACCCGGUUCUACUGGAAGGAGAUGCUGGAAUGUGUCCAGGCGGUUCAUGAAUACAAUGUCGUCCAUUCCGACUUAAAACCCGCCAAUUUCCUUCUCGUCCAAGGGAGACUAAAACUGAUCGAUUUUGGAAUUGCCAACGCCAUCCAAGACAAUACUGUCAAUGUACACCGCGAGCAGCAGGUUGGGACUCCAAACUAUAUGUCCCCUGAAGCGCUGGUUGACUCAAAUGCCUCUCUGGGUUUACCAGCAAGUGUUGGCAAGAUGAUGAAGCUUGGCAAACCGAGUGAUGUAUGGAGUCUGGGCUGUAUACUGUACAAGAUGGUCUACGGGCAGCCUCCUUUUGCAAAGAUUGCCAAGUACUACGAGCGCAUCAUGGCAAUUCCGAAUCCGAAAGUGAAGAUUGAUUUUCCAGCUUUCGGGGUCGGCGGCAUCCAGGUGCCUCCAGGACUCAUACGGACUCUGAAAGGGUGUCUGCAACGAGAUCAGACACUGCGACCGACUAUCAGCGACCUCUUGGGUCAACGGGACCCAUUCCUGUACCCCGACGCACAGCUUGAGGGCGCCGUCCCCAUCACCCAGGAUGUCCUGGGCAGAAUUUUGGUUAACGUUGUGAACCAUUGCAGAGUCCGCGGCGUGCCCAACGACGAAGAACUGGCUGCCUGGCCAGCUGGCUUUUUUGCAAAGAUAAAAGCAGCUUUGGAAGAGAAUCCCUAA